UCCUAACUUUCCUUUUUCCUUUGAAAUUAAAAGAAAAAGCCAAAACUAUAACUUUACCAAGACCAUUUUGAUGUUACAACCGGUGUAUUUUAGUGAUUUGAUUUGAAAUUUGAAAAUUUUUGUUGCUCUUGGGUGGGUUUGUUUGAUGUCGACGGUCGUAGGUGUAUGCCGCUCUUUUCGCGAUCGAGCUCUUGCCCGAUGCUUCCACUGCUUCCCUUGUCUCUCCAAUCCUGCUCGGAGAUCAUCGUUGGGUUUGAAAGUGAAUUUAGUGAUGCUGCAUCUGAUAUUCGUCGGCAUUCUCUUUCUUUUCGAUGAUGGUUUGAUUGAGAAAACGAGAAAAGAACCCUGGUACACAGUUUUAUAUUUGUUGUUGCUUUUUGCCACAUUGGUUCAAUACUUUAUUACUUCUAGUUCUUCUCCCGGUUAUGCCGUUGAUGUAAUGAGAGCUGUUAAUGAGACAAACGUGAUAUAUCAGAAGUCGGCAGUGGCCUCAAAACAGCCUGCUUCGAGCAAAAAUGGAAGCUUGAUUGUCUUUGUUGAAGGGAGUCAAUCGGGUAGAAGUUUUCAAGGGAGUAAUCCCUCAUCUUGGACAAAGCUGGUGAUGGACAUGUAUUCCCCUGGAACAUCUGUUAGAUCUUGCACUUGCUCCUAUUGUAAUGUUGAGCAGCCUCCACGAGCAAAGCAUUGCCAUGAUUGUGAUAAAUGUGUUCUUCAGUUUGAUCAUCAUUGUGUAUGGCUUGGAACAUGUGUUGGCCGGGAUAAUCAUUGCAAAUUUUGGUGGUAUAUUUGUGUAGAGACUGCAUUGUGCCUUUGGACUGGCAUCUUGUACAUUACGUUCCUGAAGGCCAAUAUUUCAAGGGCUUGGUGGAAGGAUGCCAUCAUGAUUCUAUUAUUGGUCGCCUUGUCAAUUUCCAUAUUAUUUCUACUACUACUGCUUCUCUUUCACAGCUAUCUUGUUCUGACAAAUCAGACUACAUACGAACUCGUUAGACGCAGGCGUAUCCCAUAUCUAAGGCAGAUUCCGGAACGAGUAUUUCCAUUUAGUAAAGGGGUUUGCAGAAAUUUACGUGAAUUCUGCUGCGCACGAAGCAGCAAUUACAGUUUGGAAUCUUUGCCAUCUCCUCAAGAACUUGAAGAAAAGUCGAGGCCUUACACUUGCUUAGAUGUUUUAACCUGUCGUUGCUGCUGAUAUUAUUGGGCAAUGUAGCAUUCAGCAAAAAAAAAUAUAUAUAUAUCGAGUGUGAGGUUGUAUAGAAGCAAUCGUUCUAGUUUAGUAGAUAUAUGGUUGGCUGAAGGUUGAGUUUGCUUGUCAGGUUCACGUUUUAGUGGUGGUGAGUCAUGGUUGUUUAUCGUUCCGAUGUGUUGAAGAAGUUGGAAAAUUUGUCAACCAACAUUUAAAUUGUGUCUUGUAUCUUCCUUAUUCAUCCAAAAACAUGAUGGAAACGCCAUUGGAGUCCGAGCAUUUCAA